UGAGUGUGAACCAGGGCCUGGCAGACUGAGCGCGUGAGUCCUGAGUGAGGGAGUGGGGACUGUGAGUGAGGACCUUAGGAAACUCAGAGGCCAAGGCCCAGAAGCAACACCUUCCCCCGAGGAAGAGGUGCCGGUGACCGGCGUUGCCCACGGCAGGCCCCGUGGGGAACGUGCUGCAGGUUUCUUUCCCGUGCUGUCCUCAUGGCAGUGCUGGGCAAGGACUGUCCUGAGUCAGGCUUGCACUGUCUUAACUGAGAGACCCAGCAAGGUGAUGACAGUGGCACCCACGGGAGGAUGGGGCAGAGGCUCUCAUGACAUCUCCUGUCUGCUCCUCCCCGCAGGUGGUGUGUGUCCCCCUGUGGAUCCUCAUGUCCUUCCUGUGCCUGGUGGUCCUCUAUUACAUCGUGUGGUCUGUCUUGUUCCUGCGCUCCAUGGAUGUGAUUGCAGAACAGCGCAGGACGCACAUAACCAUGGCACUGAGCUGGAUGACCAUUGUCGUGCCUCUCCUUACUUUCGAGAUCCUGCUGGUUCAUAAACUGGACGGCCACAAUGCUUUCUCUUGCAUUCCAAUAUUUGUGCCCCUGUGGCUGUCAUUGAUCACACUGAUGGCAACUACAUUCGGACAGAAGGGCGGAAACCACUGGUGGUUCGGUAUCCGCAAAGAUUUCUGCCAGUUUCUGCUUGAAGUCUUCCCAUUUCUGAGAGAAUACGGAAACAUUUCAUACGAUCUCCACCAUGAAGACAACGAUGAAGCGGAGGAAACCCCAGCUCCAGAGCCUCCAAAAAUUGCCCCUAUGUUUCGCAAGAAGGCCAGGGUGGUUAUUACCCAGAGCCCUGGAAAAUACGUCCUCCCCCCUCCCAAGUUAAAUAUCGAAAUGCCAGACUAAAGGGCACUGGCAGGGCCAGAGCGUGAGUGGACUGGGAUGCACGCUCUCUCCCUCCCUCCGCCUCUCCUUCACCCUCCUUCCCCAAGACCCGGAGUGGAGCUGGGCCUCCAGGGACGUCCAUCUCAUGCCUAGUUUGCAUUCAGUGCCAAUCAGCCACUCACCACGACGGGAUUCAGAGGCGCAGGGGACUGGGGGUGUCCGUGGAUAUGAUGCCAAGGGUUGUGGGGGAGAGAGAAGGACCCAAUUCCUUGAGGGCAGGUGCCCAAGGCACCUGCUCAUCCCCACAGUACCACCUGGGAAUGGCGGCUCCAGAGACCCACGGGCAGCGGGGAGCAACUUUCCGCAGGGCAGUUUUUCAGAGUGCUGAAAUUCCCAUGGAAAGUGUUGUUGGGAGUGGUUUACGACAGGGUCUCCUCCCUGGACAGCUCUGAGCUGUCCUGCUGCAGGUAGCCAGUGGGGACUGUAACUGGGUCUGAGUGUACCUGGUGUUUCUACGCAGCCCAGCCAUGCUUAGCCCUGUCCCUGCUGUGGAGGGGUUUCCCUUUGGGCAUGCUGACAGCGGUUUCCAUGGCCUCCUCAGUGAGCCUUUCCCAAUGGAGUGACUCCAUGCCUGUAUAGUAUUUAUACGAAUAUUUUAGCAUUGUAAUAUACAGUGUCAAAUCCUAGUUCUGUACAGCAUACCCUGUUAAAGUAUUUUUUUACAAGCUUGUGCCCAAGACGGACGUGUUCUGCUGCAGAAGUAGAAGUCGGUGACAGUUCUCCCCACCCCGGAGGGGUGUCAGGCCUUCACGGGACAUCACCACUUACACCUGGAAUUCUGUCACGUGCAUAGUCCCGCUCCUGCCAGCACAGCGGUGGCAAGCAGGAAAUGGUCUGUGUGCUUCCUCACGUUGGGGAUAAAGGGCUGGAAGAACCUGGAAAGCACUGUUUGAGGCCAGGACACGAGGGAAGGUAGCUGAGAGCAGAGACACCACAGACGCCUGUGGGUGUUGGAGGGUGGAGCUUUCUGCGUGCUGCUGAGGAGAGCUCUAUGUAUACACCUGGCCAGAGCUGUCACUGUGAGCACAGUUUCUCCGUCUGCUGCUACGGCCUGGAACACAUCCGAUCCUGCCAGCGGAGGAACCUUCUGCCCAGAGUCAAGUAGGUCACUGAUGAAGGUGUGUGAAGGGGACUGUUGACGAGCCCACUCAGGAGGCCAGUGCUGGUCUUCACGUGGGCAACUGCUAAAUGACCUCAAGCAGGCCUAAUUGAAGUUCACCACGUCCCCAGCUCUGCCGCUGGCACUGGCCUGCAGACAGGCUGCUUUGUUUCAGGGGAAAGGAGGGUGGAAUGGUGUACCUUUCCUGCUCAGUGUGUAAAUAAAUGUAGCUACGUCCACUAUUUUUGCUCCCUGUAGUUGUUCAAUAAACCGGUUGGUUCCUCGUUUUA